AGACAGAUAUGAACAGGAUUUGCCAGUCCGUUGCUGGUGGUUGGUCCAGAAAGAUGCCUCAGGUCCUGCUGCUCACAAGCCUCUUCAUCCUGGUCACCUCCGUGUCACCCAUGGCUCUAGAUCCUUGUUCUGCUUACAUCAGCCUGAAUGAGCCCUGGAGGAACACAGAGCACCAGUUUGAUGAGUCUCAAGGUACCCCUCUGUGUGACAACCACGUGGAUGGGGAAUGGUACCGCUUCACAGGCAUGGCGGGGGACGCCAUGCCCACCUUCUGCAUACCAGAAAACCACUGUGGCACCCACGCGCCCAUCUGGCUCAAUGGCAGCCAACCCCUGGAAAGUGAUGGCAUUGUACAGCGCCAGGCCUGUGCCAGCUUCAAGGGGAACUGCUGCCUGUGGAACACCACGGUGGAGGCCAAGGCUUGCCCCGGAGGCUACUACGUGUAUCGCCUGGCCAAGCCCAGCGUCUGCUUCCAUGUGUACUGUGGCCAUUUUUACGACAUCUGUGAUGAGGACUGCCAUGGCAGCUGCUUGGACACCAGCCAGUGCACGUGCUCGCCAGGAAGCGUGCUAGGCCCAGAUGGGCAGACAUGCUUUGAUGAAAAUGAGUGUGAGCAAAACAACGGUGGCUGCAGUGAGAUCUGCGUGAACCUCAAAAACUCCUAUCGCUGUGAGUGCGGGGUCGGCCGAGUGCUUCGCAGCGAUGGCAAGACCUGUGAAGACAUUGAAGGAUGCCACAAUAACAAUGGUGGCUGCAGCCACUCUUGCCUUGGGUCGGAGAAGGGCUACCAGUGUGAGUGUCCCCGUGGCUUGGUGCUAGCUGAUGACAACCACACUUGCCAAGUCCCUGUGGUGUGCAAGUCAAAUGCCAUUGAAGUGAGUGUCCCCAGGGAGCUGGUUGGUGGCUUGGAGCUCUUCCUGACAAACACCUCCUGCCGAGGCGUGUCCAACGGCACCCAUGUCAACAUCCUCUUCUCCCUCAAGACGUGUGGCACUGUGGUCAAUGUGGUGAAUGACAAAAUCGUGGCCAGCAACCUUGUGACGGGUCUUCCCAAGCCGACCCCAGGGAGCAGCGGGGACAUCAUCGUCCGGACCAGCGAGCUGCUGAUCCCGGUGACCUGCGAGUUCCCGCGCCUGUACACCAUCUCCGAGGGGUACGUGCCCAACCUGCGCAGCUCCCCUUUGGAGAUCCUGAGCCGCAAUCGUGGCGUUUUCCCCUUCACGCUGGAGAUCUUCAAAGACGACGAGUUUGAGGAGCCCUACCGAGAGGCGCUGCCCACCCUCAAGCUCCGCGACUCCCUCUACUUCGGCAUUGAGCCUCUGGUGCAUGUGAGUGGCCUGGAAAGCCUGGUCGAGAGCUGCUUCGCCACCCCCACCUCCAAGGUCGACGAGAUCCUCAAGUACUACCUCAUCCGGGAUGGCUGCAUUUCGGAUGACUCAGUGAAGCAGUAUUCCUCCCGGGAUCACCUAGCCAAGCACUUCCAGGUCCCUGUCUUCAAGUUUGUGGGCAAAGAUCACAAGGAGGUCUUUCUGCACUGCCGAGUUCUAGUCUGUGGAAUGCUUGACACCAGCUCCCGCUGCGCCCAGGGCUGUCACCGGCGGGUGCGACGUGCGGCCCGGGAAGGAGAGCGCGCUGCUGCUUUGCAGAGCCAGAUACUGACAGGAGGCCCGAUCAGCAUCGCCCAGGAGCCUUAGCCCUACACACCUGCGGCGGUCCUCCGGGCCGCUGUCCUCUCUGGAACUUCUGCCACACCCCGCAGGACGUCAGAGGACCUCCUAGACCACCUAACUUCUUUAGACCAUGGACUGUGAGUUUGGACAAACUCCCAGAACCCCUCACUGCUUUUGGACCAUAGCUGGGUACAAGUCACAGCCGUGCUGAGCGUAGAUCCCAGCGGGCCUUCAGCUUCCUCAGGGGAAAAACCAAGCUGUCCACUCAGAAGGACCCUUGUCCCACCUCGUCUAGGAUGUUCCUGCCAUUAGACACCUCCUGCACCAUGCGACAGGCCUACUCACAUCAGAAGCUGUUUAUAAUAUUUCAAGUUACAAACCAAAAACUAAAUACUUAGCAAAAUUAUGACUUAAAUACUCAAUGAUCCCUAGUUAUGUAAAUAAUAAUGGUGCCUUAAAAUUUCAAUUCAAACACAGAAGAGUUAUAGGGACUUGGGAGUUUAUCAAUAAAACACUGUAUAGUAAGGGAAUGCCUUUUGGUUUUUCUCUUGCAUAAUAUUUUUAAAAAGUUUUUUUCUUGCACAAUAAUUUUUGAAUGGUCUAUUGCCUUAGGUGAAAUAUUUUCACUUAAUAUAUAUUAACAAACUAAUCAACAUGCACUUAAGUGAUUUAAUGACUAAACUAUUAGCAAAAUUAAAGUUUGGUACCAUAUGCUGUCUACACUGGAAUUCAAAUCAGUCAGACAGUAGACAAAGGGAUAAAAUUGUAUCAUACUUGCUGGUGCUUAAUAAAUUUUAUUGAA